AUGUGGGGUACUACAAGGUUUGCAUGGCUUUUGUCAAUGUUGAUAUGUCUUUUGCCAACGUUGAACAGCUUCAAUGGAAGAGUGAUGGCCUUCCAUAAGGUGUAUCGAAAUUACUACGACGUUCAAACUCGUGACAAUGCAGAAGUAAAGCAAGUAUAUAGAACUGGCUAUCACUUCCAACCGGAAAAAAAUUGGAUCAAUGAUCCAAAUGCACCAAUGUAUUACAAAGGAUAUUAUCAUUUGUUCUAUCAAUACAAUCCGAAAGGUGCUCUUUGGGGUAACAUUGUAUGGGCUCAUUCGGUAUCAAAAGAUAUGAUCAACUGGAUAAAUCUCGAACCAGCAAUCGUGCCAUCGAAACCAUAUGACAAAUAUGGGUGCUGGUCUGGGUCCGCGACAAUCUUGCCUGGUAAUAAACCAGUAAUCCUGUAUACAGGAAUUACUGCACUUGAACCGGCCCCUGGUCACCAAGUCCAGGUUUACGCUAUACCAGCCGACUACUCGGACCCUUUUUUGCGCAAAUGGGUCAAACCCGAUGACAACCCUUUUCUCAAGCCAACAAGUGAGAACAUUUCAGCUUUUCGUGACCCUACAACUGCUUGGUACAACAAUGGUCAUUGGAAAAUUAUUGUUGGUAGUAGGAGAAAACAUCGUGGGAUGGCUUAUUUGUAUAGAAGCCGGGAUUUUGUUACAUGGAUAAAGGCUAAACACCCAUUUCAUAGUAAAAAUGAGACGGGUAUGUGGGAAUGCCCUGAUUUUUACCCGGUUUCAUCUGAAGGAACAUAUGGUUUAGACACGUCGUCACUAGGUAGCAGUCUUAAAUAUGUUUUCAAGGUCAGCCUUGAUAUGACUAGGUACGAGUAUUACACGAUUGGGAAGUAUGAUCUAAUUAAUGAUAGAUAUAUCCCGGAUAACACAUCUCAAGAUGGUUGGGGUGGAUUAAGAUAUGAUAACGGGAACUUUUAUGCCUCUAAGUCAUUCUUUGACCCGUCGAAGAACAGGAGGAUCUUGUGGGGUUGGUCUAAUGAGUCUAGCACCCCAAAAGAAGAUAUUGCCAAGGGUUGGGCCGGAAUCCAGUUGAUUCCACGGAAGGUUUGGCUGGAUCAAAAUGGACAACAAUUGCUUCAAUGGCCGAUUUGUGAAUUGGAGACUCUAAGGAGUAAUAAAGUGGAGCUUAACAACAUUAAAGUUAACAAAGGUGACACCAUUGAAGUAAAAGGAGUCACUGCAUCUCAGGCGGAUGUUGAAGUUACAUUUACAUUUUCGAGUUUGGAAAAAGCAGAGUUGUAUGAAGAAGAAUGGGCAAAAUUCCCACAAAAUGAUAUUGGUAAAAGUAUUUGUGGGGUUAGGGGUGCUACCGUACAAGGAGGGCUCGGCCCAUUUGGUCUACUGACCUUAGCUUCAGAAAAGCUUGAAGAGUACACUCCUGUCUUCUUUCGGGUUUUCAGGACUACUGAUAACAAACAUAAAGUUCUGUUCUGUUCUGAUGCCACUCCUUCUUCAUUGAACCCGAAGGGAUACAAACCGUCAUUUGGAGGCUUUGUGAAUGUCGACUUAGCAGAAAAGAGGCUCUCAAUUAGGAGUUUGAUUGAUCAUUCCGUCAUAGAAAGCUUUGCACAAGGGGGAAAGACGAUUAUCUCAUCAAGGGUCUAUCCAACACUAGCAGUGUCGGAUAGUGCUCAUUUGCAUGUAUUUAACAAUGGGUCGGAACCCAUCACUGUUGAGACAUUGGAAGCAUGGUCUAUGAAGACGGCCCAAAUCAAGUAGACUUGGACAAGUUUUGCCAGUUUUAGGAAAGUAACUAAUAAAAAGAAUGGGGUUUACUUAAUAGAGUAUCUUU